AUGGAGAACCAAAGUGUGUCUGAAUUCAUCCUCCUGGGUUUUUCCAUUGGCCAUCCAACAGAGCUCCUACUAGCCUUCCUCUUCUUAGCCAUGUACAUUGCAAGUUUGGGGGCCAACAUCAUCAUCCUUUGCAUUGUACUGGCAGAUAACCGCCUCCACACCCCAAUGUACUUCUUUCUUGGCAAUGUCUCCGUACUGGACAUCUUCUUCACCUCUGUCACCAGCCCACAAUUGCUCUGGAACCUCCUCUCUGGUGACAAGUCUAUCUCUUUUGCUGGCUGCAUAACACAGACUUAUUUCUACUUCUUCCUAGGGACAGUAGAGUACCUCCUGUUGGUCUCCAUGUCCUAUGACCGCUAUGCCGCCAUAUGCAGCCCAUUGCAAUAUCAUGCAAUCAUGAAUAGCCAGGUCUGCAUCAAGAUGGUACUGUGUUGCUGGCUGGGUGGGUUUCUCUCUGUUCUUGUUCCCAUCAUCAUGAUCAGCAGGCUGUCCUACUGCAAGUCUAAUGUCAUCAACCAUUUCUUUUGUGACAGUGGCCCCCUGCUUGAUCUGUCCUGCAGUGACACCCGUCUCAUAGAGUUGAUGGACUUUGUGCUGUCCUCUGUCAUUAUCCUCUGCUCAUUAGUCUUAACACUCAUUUCUUACAUAUGCAUCAUCUCAGCAAUAAUCCGCAUCUCCACCACUUCAGGUCAGGCAAAAGCCUUCAAUACCUGUGCUACACAUCUGACAAUCAUCUCCAUCUCCUGUGGGGUCAGCAUCUUUAUGUAUGUCACCCCAUCCCAAAAGGAGACCCUUGAAGUCCAUAAGAUCCCUGCUCUUCUCACCUCAAUUGUCUGUCCAUUUUUGAACCCUUUCCUCUUCACACUGAAAAAUGAUCUGGUGAAACAGGUAAUAAGAGACACAUUGAGGAAAAACACAAAGCUGAUUCAUCAUAAAGUUUGGGGUGUGUGGAGAAAGAAGGGCCACAAGAAGCAGGGAGACCAUACAGAAAUGUAA